AUGGUUUCGCAAUUGUUUGAAGAGAAGGCCAAGGCAGUCAAUGAGUUGCCAACGCAACCCAGCCAGGAUGAGAUGUUGAAGCUUUACGGUUUGUACAAGCAGGCCACUGUCGGUGACAACACCAAGGAGAAGCCAGGUAUCUUCAACAUGAAAGACCGCUACAAGUGGGACGCCUGGGAGAAAUUGAAGGGUAUGUCUCAGGAAGAAGCUGAGCAAAAAUACAUCGAGUUGGUCGAUGAGCUUAUCGCUAAGUACAACUAA